GCCAGUGACGGACCUAGCCUCUUCGCUCCUGGAGACAGCCAAGUUAUCUUUCUACGUGGACCCGACAUCGCCAUUAUCGUCCAGGACGUGCAUCUUAAAGGAGGAAGAAAGGAGAGCACCAAAGUUCUCGCGACUUGUUAUUCGGAGACGCUCAGAUACUCGGGAAGAGAGAAUAAGGGGGUCCGCAUUGACAGAUCUCACUCUCCGUCCGCCUUAAAUCAGAGCUUCCUCGCCACUAUGUCGUCAACUACAUCGUCAAUGACGGCCAAGCAGCAGCGGCUGGAGAAUGCUCUGAGCCAGAUCACUCAAAAGGCGGCCCCUCCAGAGAUCGACUUUACGCUGCACACCACCGAUGACGGCACGCAGGUGUCAACGCAAGAGCGUGUCGUCAAGGACGUCCAGGCGCCAGCAUUCAGCAAGCCGACCGACGAGCAGUUCUGGAGCACUCAGGACCCUUCGAAGCCCGACAUUGCUUUUCUCAAGAACCACUUCUACCGCGAGGGCAGGUUAACCGAGGAGCAAGCCCUCUACAUCAUCCGAACAGCGACUGAGAUCCUAAAGAACGAGCCUAAUCUCCUCGAGGUCGAUGCACCGAUCACCGUCUGCGGCGAUAUUCAUGGACAAUACUUUGAUCUGAUGAAGCUCUUCGAGGUGGGAGGCAACCCAGCUGAAACGAGAUACCUCUUUUUGGGCGAUUAUGUGGACCGUGGCUAUUUCAGUAUUGAGUGUGUGCUUUACCUCUGGGCGCUCAAGAUCUGGUACCCCAAGACGCUAUUCUUGCUCCGGGGAAAUCACGAGUGCCGUCACCUCACCGACUACUUCACCUUCAAGCUUGAGUGCAAGCACAAGUACUCGGAAACGAUCUAUGAGGAGUGCAUGGAGUCAUUUUGCACGCUUCCACUUGGAGCCAUUAUGAACAAGCAAUUCCUCUGCAUUCACGGCGGGCUUUCGCCUGAGCUUCAAACGCUCGACGACUUGCGCAGCCUCAAUCGCUUCCGUGAGCCACCGACACAUGGGCUCAUGUGCGACCUUCUGUGGGCAGAUCCACUGGAAGACUUUGGGUCGGAGAAGACGAAUGAAAGCUUCGUUCACAACCACGUCCGUGGCUGCUCCUACUUCUUUACGUACCAGGCCGCUUGCCAGUUUCUCGAGCGUAAUAACUUGCUCUCGAUCAUUCGAGCCCACGAGGCGCAGGACGCGGGCUAUCGCAUGUACCGGAAGACAAAGACGACUGGCUUCCCUUCUGUCAUGACAAUCUUUUCGGCGCCGAACUACCUCGACGUCUACAACAACAAGGCGGCUGUCCUCAAGUACGAAAACAACGUCAUGAACAUCCGGCAAUUCAACUGCACCCCCCAUCCUUACUGGCUGCCCAACUUUAUGGACGUUUUCACCUGGUCGCUUCCCUUUGUGGGCGAAAAGAUCACCGACAUGCUUAUCGCCAUUCUCAAUAUCUGUAGCAAGGAGGAACUUGAAGAGGAAGAGGAGGAGGAGGAGCUGCCGACAACGCCGACAGCAGCUCAGCUCGAAGAGUCAGCCGAGAGGAGGACAGUCAUCAAGAACAAAAUUCUCGCCGUGGGAAGAAUGUCGCGCGUCUUUGCUCUUCUUCGAGAGGAAGCCGAACGCGUGUCGGAGCUCAAGACGGCCGCGGGCACGAGCAAGCUGCCGUAUGGCUCGCUUGCAUCGGGCUCCGAAGGUAUCAAGGAGGCCAUUCACAACUUCGACGAGGCUCGCAAGGUCGACAUCGAGAAUGAAAGGCUUCCUCCCGACCUCUUCGAUGCCGAAGAAGGAGAGGCUGCCGAUCAGGCCAUGCAGAUGUCGCCUCAGAACUCUUUCGAGGGCUUCUCCGCCACAGGCGUGCCCUCCACACCCUCGAGCCCAGCUCCUGGCAGCCCCGGUCGGUCAUCGCCGUCGACCAGCGGUCACAGGCGGGGCCACUCGCGGACGAGCUCGCUGGGCACGACUGCGACGAGCAGCCCAUCGAACAGAAGGAGAAGUCUCGAGAGCACUGUCAACAUGAUCAAGGAGGCGCUCAGUGGCGAGGAGGGCGUUGAUGAGACGCAAUUGGACAAGCUGGCGCAUGACAUUGCCUCGCCCUCGACGCCGAGCCGCCAUUCACCUCAAAACUCGCAGUAAAACGUCAUCGAUUUUCCCAUGCAGACAGCACAAUUUCGUCUACUCGCACGUAUACACUUCUUCCCAAUUCACGCCGACGCACAAUCUCGAGUCAGAAAGGACCAUCAGUCACUCCUUUUUUCCCCUCUCUCUCUCUCUCUUUGAUCUUCUCUUUCUGUUCUUUCCCCACACUAUCUUCUCUUCUUCUGGUCCCUCGCUCUCUGUUUCCUAGCCUCUUUUCUCAUCCAUUGUUCCGUGGCUUUCAAACUGAGCCACGCAUGAAUCAAUCGAGAUUCCAAGAGACGGAGGAGGUCUGGCCCUCUU